UGUUGAGGUCUGGACUCUGGAGUGGUGAGUACAUUAUACUGAGAACACCAGAACCUUCCUACCUUCCUUGUUUUGUGUCUGUAUCUUCCUUUCUCAUUGAGGGCUUUAUGACUGAAACACAUCCUUCUAGACCCAUAACAUUCAGCUGUCUUUUCACAGAGGAAGGAUGAACAAAAACACCUGAAACUGGGGCUUGUCUGUCUCUCUCUCUCUCUCUCUCUGUCUCUCUCUCUCUCUCUGUCUCUCUCUCUCUCUCUCUCUGCUCAAACUAAUGUUUAUCUGAUGCAGGCAGUUUGGAUAAGGCAGUUUACUCUGGUCUACUGUAUUCACUAAUUGGGGUAACAUUUGCUGACUGUUUUUCAAUUUAGCUUUCCAAGAUUAUUCUCCCUGAAGGAGGAUACAGCGAGUUUCUUGAUUCAAAACAAAAAACAUCGGAAGCUGUUAAAAAAACAGCAGAAGAUAACAUACGUAAGUCUCAAGAAAAACAAAAAGAAGCAUAUGCCAGAAAAGUGCAGAAGAAAUACCAAAAUGUUGAGUAUAAUGAUGGGGAUGAAGUACUUCUACUGAAUAUGAGGAAGCGAGGAAGGAAAGGCGGAAGAAUAGAACCGGAUUUCUCUGGUCCAUAUGUUAUCCAGUCAGUCCGUGGCAAACUUGUCACAUUAAAAAACCCUGAAGGAGCCAUCCUGAAAAACAAAUACAACAUUGGCCAUCUAAAACCAUAUAGAAGAAGCCAGGCAGCCGACAGUAGCAGCAGCAUCUUCUCUCCUUGUCCUCAGCAGUCUUCUUCCAAGAAGAAGAGUUCAGAAGAGUACACAGACCCAAAUGUACAACGGUGCUCAGUUAUACGUUUAGCUUCAAAACAAGCUGAUGUCAAAAAACAUGUGCAAACAACCACAGUAACUGAAAAGCCUGCAACAAAGAGCUCAUCAAACACUGAAACAACUUCAGUAACUGAAAAGCCUGCAAUGAAGAGCUCAUCAAACACUGAAAGAAGCAUUCAAGAAGAAGGUGGCAUAGUUACAAAGUUCAGAUUUUGACCUGUUGGUCCGUUUGUUACCAGUUUGGUCUAACCCAGAACAUUUUUGUUCAUGGAGGUUUGCCCAUGAUAAACUGUUUUCUUCUUCUUCUUCUUCUUUCUAUAAGCCCCCUGGCUGUGUUUGAACUGUUGGUCUUAAUCUUGCCAUUUCACAUUUUAGGGUGGACAAAAUAACCUAUGAAAAUGCAAGGUAUUUGAUGUAUCGAAGGAAUUCUUCUCCAGCCCCUAGUAAUGAGACUCUGGUCUUCAAAGGACAACAAUCAGGUGGAAGCAGUUGCCGGGCCAUACAAAUUGUAUGAUUCUUCUUUUAGAACACUGCAAGGGACCGAAUGGGUCGCUGAUGAAGUGAUUGAUGCAUACCUGAACCAUCUGAUUGAACAACAUAAGACGCCUGUAUAUCAGCUGUGUGCAGUGGUUGCUUCUUCUUUAGCUGCUGGACAGUUUCGAUGUCUCAGAAAGAUGAAGUUCCCAGUUGAGGACACAUGGCUGUGCCCUGUCAAUACCGGAGGACAUUGGAUUCUUGUGAUUGUCAGCAUGUCAAGAAAGAUCCUCUCCAUCAUUGACCCCAUGGGAAAUGAGGGAUUAUAUGAUAGAAAGAUUUUGCGGAACUGGAGGAAUUUUUUAAAGAUGAUUGGACACCAAGAUCACAGCGCUGAAUGGCGAACAACAGUAUUGAAACACAACCCACAGCAAGAUGCGAGCAGCUGUGGCGUUUUAGUGCUAAAGUUGGCAGAAGAUUUUCUUUCUACUGGAGCUAUCGACAAUGUGCAGACAACACAAGCAGCUAUUAGCACCGCCCGAAUGGGGAUAGCCUGUUCAUUGCUUGAACGUAAAGGCAAUGCAGAGGACUACUGCACAGUUUGCUCUAUGCUGGAAGGGGAUGGAGACAAGAGCAUGACUGAAAUGGUGCAGUGUGAUGUGUGCAGUCGCUGGGCACAUUUUGAAUGUGUCCAAUAUAGUAAAGAGAUUUCCGCCAACUACCACUGUAGAAAGUGUACAGUUAACAAAUAACCUGAAUGUAUUUUUUCCUGGAUUAAGCUGCACUUUGCACUGUUUGUUUUAAAAUGUAAAAUCUAAGUACACUGUAUAAUAUGUUUAUAAAAAUGUGUGUUAUUGGAUUACAAUGCAAUGUUCAACUUAAUUAGUAAAAGUAUUAGCAAACCAUGAGAAAAAAAAACUUUGGGGAUUCAGUAAAAUCACAGUGAACCUUAAUCAACUCCCA